AUGGUUUUGUCAGAUGUGAAACAGUUACCAAGCAUUUUACCUACACCUUCCACUUCUGAUACCAAUACAGAGAAGAAAAAAACUGAUUCAAUACGUGAGCCAUCAAUUGAUGAAUUAGACGAUUAUGAAUUUCUAAAACAAUUUGAAUCAUGUACGUUAAAAAGUUGGUCGCAUAAAACUCAUUUACGUAUGGCAUGGCUCUAUUUAACACGUGAUGCACGUGGUGCAGGAGUCAUCAAAAUAUUUGAUGGUAUUAAGAAUUUCAUUGACAAUUGCCCAAUUGCGAUAAAGACAACAUUUCACUUUACAAUGACGUAUUCCUAG